AUGGGAGAGAAUCCUCCUCAACCAUUGUUAAGAGACUAUGACCACCCCAACGCAUUCCAACUUCGGAGUGGCAUACGUCUUCCCACCACAAAUGCAAACAACUUUGAACUUUCACCUCAACUCAUCCGUAUAAUUCAAAGCGAUCAAUUCGGAGGUAGUCCUCAUGAGUGUCCUUUUGCUCAUUUGGACAACUUUCUUGAGUUGUGUACAACCAUCAAGCAAAACAACAUUUCGGAAGAGUUCAUCCGUAUGCACAUGUUUCAAUUCUCCCUCCGUGAUAAAGCAAGACAUUGGUUGAGAACGGUUGAAGAGGGAUCAUUGAGUACAUGGGACGAAGUCACUAGAGCCUUUCUUGGAAAGUAUUGUCCUCCGGAAAAGACCGCCGAAUUAAGAAGAAAGAUCACCAAUUUCAAUCAAGACAUUGAUGAAACAUUGAGUGAAGCUUGGGAGCGUUUCAAAGAUUACACAAGGAAAUGCCCCCACCAUGGUUUUACAUCAUGGAUCAUUGUACAAAGCUUCUAUGACGGUCUUACUCCUAUUUCAAGGGCCAACCUUGAUUCCGGGGCCGGUGGUAGCCUCAAAAAGCUAUCGGUGGACGAUGCAUACAAGAUGAUUGAAGAAGUGGCCAAGCAUUAUGCAUAUGGAGGUGAUAGAAGGCAACCUCAAACAAAGAAGGGCGGAAUUCAUGAUCUUAGUGCAAUAGAUCUUAUUGCAUCAAAGUUUGAUAUGGUAGCUCACAAGCUAGAUCAAGCCACCCUCACACCCUCAAGCUCUUCCUCGCAAGUCAUGUCUUGUGAGACUUGUGGAGGAAAUGAUCACUUGUCCUCUUAUUGCAACUCAACGAAUCAAGAGCAAGCGGCGGCAAUUGGGCAAAGGAAUGAACAAUACUCCCAAUCCCACAAUCAAAGUUGGAAGCCCCAACAAAACACGGGAUGGAAGCAAUACAACCAAGGCCCCCCACAAAAUAACUACAACCAAAAUCAAACCCAACCUCAAUCUCAAAACCAACAAGCUCCAUACCGCCAUCCCAACCAAAGGGAUCAAAACCACCAAAUAUCACAAUAUAACCAACCCGCUCCUCCUUCUCCACCUCCUCAAAAGACUAGCCUUGAGUCCGUUCUUGAAACUUUCAUGACUCAACAAAUAAGGAACAAUGCGGAGAUGAAUGCAAACAUCCAACAACUCCAAGCACAUAAUAAGAUAAUGGAGAGCCAAUUAGCUCAAAUUGCACAACAAGUUGGAAGUUCAUCCUCCAAUCCUAGUGGUCACUUUCCAAGCUCAACGGUAGUGAACCCAAAGGAGCAAGCUAAGGCUAUCACUUUGAGAUCGGGAAGGGGUUAUGAGGGCCCGGUUAUGAGUGAAGAGGAGCCACAAAAGAGAGAUGAGGGAGUUGUGGUGAGAAGUGAGGAUGAUUUUGAAAAUGAAGUAGUUGAAGUUUAG